AUGUGGGCAAUCUCUAGAUCUUCUCAUGAAGUCUAAAGAUCAAUGAAAUAGGUUGUCAAAUCAUCUUCGAUGACUGUCACUUGGUGGAGUACAAAAACGACGACUUUGCAGCUCUUCGGCAACUAUCACCUGAGAGAGAAGUAUUGAAUGGAGGUGGGACACGUGUUAGGGAGCUUCAUCCUUAGGUCUACACAAUAAGAAGAGGCUCUUCAUUGCAUUUGGUAUGCCCUCAAGAGAUGGCGACUCGCCUCUCAGCUGAUCGUCCUCUUCUUGACGACGACUUGUUCGUCAAUCAAUAGGAGAUGAUUUACUCGAUGGAUUCGUGAUCUUUUUAUCAAGAAUCUUUCAACAAUUUUAGUAACAAUAUUCAGUAAAUUUUGUUGACAAGAUUUUUGUCGAUGAUCGAGCAAUUCUAGCAACUUAAUCCUUCACUGGCAAUUUGUAAGAAAGUCGUAAUUUAAUCAGAUAAAAAUAGGAUUCAAACCCGCACCAUCGCCCAUCUGUGUGAGAGAGGGUGAAAUAAGUAUGCAAAUACUCUUAUAAAGUGAUGUCAUUAGACUACCUCCUGAUAAAUAAGGGGUAUUUUAGGUAUGAAAAUAUUUAAAAUCAUUCUAGAGAAGAUGUGAGUGUCGAUUUAGUCCCACAUCAGUUAUACGCUAAUUGUUGAGAUGUAUAUAUGCUAAUGCAAGAUUUGGGAAUCAAUGUGUCCCUUUCUCGCAUGUGUACAACCACUCCUUGCUCUAUAGCUAGCUGGCCACUAGAGACGUGGAAGGGGAGUGCAUACAUGUGCCCCCAUCGGUCCAUAGCCACUCGAGCACUUGCUUGUGGCUCCACCUUGACUACGCUUCCGACCUACUUGUAGACCUAGCUAGCCAGCGGGUCCCCUAUUUUUUAACUUUUUUCUUUUAUUUUCUUUCUCUUCAUUUAUCUCAAAAAUAGGAUUAUAAAAAUUAUAUAAAAUCAUAUAAAAUCACAUAAUUAGCCAAAAAAUGUAGAGUUUAGGCCUUGCGUCAUUGGAUUGUUAGAAUUCUACAUGAUUGGGAUAAUUAUCAUGUGAUGUCUAAGGCCUAAAAGGCUCUCCAUAGACAUGGACCACUUAGGCACCCUCUAGAUCUCUUUUUAAAGUCUAAAAACUGAUGGUGAAAGUUAAACUAGUUAAAAUGGUACAAUAGAGUUUUGUCGUCACAACAGCGAUGCAUUAGAAUCUUGAGUGUUCAAAGAGGAUUAUCGUGAAAUGUCAAUGGCCUCAAAGGCUCUCUUUGAACAAAGACAACAUGAAAAAUAUCUAGAUCUUCAUGGUCUAGAAAAUAAUGAGGUGGGUUGACAAAUCAUCUUCAGUAACUAUCAGUCAGUGGAGCGAAAAACUGACGACUUUGUAGAUUUGCAAUGGUUAUCACUUGACAGAGAUAAAUUGGAUGGACGUGAGGUGUAUCUUAGAGAGUUUCGUUCUCAGGUCUGCAUAGUAAGAGUAGUCUCUUCAUUGCAUCUGAUAUGCUCUUAAGAGGUGGCAACUCAUCUCCUAGUAGAUUAUCUUCUUCCUAAUGAAAACUUAUUUAUCAAUCAAUCCGAGAUGAUUUACUCGAUGAAUUCACAAUCCUUUUAUUCUGAAUCAUUUGACAAUUUUAGUAAUGAUGCUCCGCAAAUCACAUUGAUAAGAUUUUCAAUAGUGAUUGAGCAAUUAUGACGGCUUAUUUGCUUAUCGAUAAUUUACAUGAAAAAUCUGAUUUAAUCAUAGAAAAAUAUCAGUAUUAGCUCUAGUAAGAUUUGAAGCUUCACUGGUCACCUGUUUGUAUAAGAGAGAGUGAAAUAAGUAUGUAAAUACCCUUAAAAAAUGACAUCAUAAAGGUAUUGUCUUCUCAUAAAUAAGGGAUAUUUUGGAUGUUAAAAUUAUUAAAAAUAUUUUAGGAAGUUGUGAUGUCGAUUUAAUCCUAGAUAAAUUAUUUUUUCAGUUUUGAGAUGCACAUAUAGUAAUACAAUAUUCUAUCAUCAGUGAGUCUUUCUUUCACAUGUGUAUAGUAGUCCAAUAUUCUAUCUCAAUAGGUAUCUCUCUUGCAUCUCUAUGACCACUCCUUUAUAGAUGGGCCCACUAUACCUAGGGAAAUUUGGCUUCAUAUGAUUAUAUAGUAGUUGUCAAAGCUACAUGUUCAAAUGGCCACUGAUGAUGUGGAAGGGGAGUGGCACACAUGUGUAUCCUAUUAGUAUUUAGUCGCUUGCAGCUCCACUUGAUUGUGCUUCUAACCCGCUUGCAGUCCCGACUGGCUGGUAGGUCCCCACCCUUUUUCUAUAUUUUUUAUUUUAUUUAUUUUCAUUUAUCUGAAAAAUAUGAUUAUAAAAAUUAUAUAAACUCACAUAAAAUCACAUAAUUAGCCAAAAAUUGCCAUAAAGUAGUUGGCUUUCUGUGGUCCACGGCAUCUCUUACAUGCAGCCUCACUCCCGCAGUCAUUGUCUGAUUGAGGCUUGAACAAAAUGCCGAAACAUCUCUACUGGCGAUCUUUGUCGAGACAUGAAAGAAUUCAACUAGUCAACUGACAACUUUUCUCCUCCCCAAGGCAAAAAAAAGAAAUGAGGCUUGCUUCACCACAUGGCGCCCAUCUAAUGGCUUGCUUAAAACUUCGUAGAAACUUCUCCAAUCUUUAAAUUCCAGCAUUGAUGUGAGAGUAGACGUUACUUAAAACUUCCCUUCCGAAGAACAGAUAUCAAUCAUGCAACAGUCAUCCGCAACUCAUACUGCUGCGGGGUUUCACUAUAGCAAAGCCACAUAUGGAAUUUUUUACUUUCCACCCUUACAGUUUUUUUUGUUUAUAAAGUGAUGCAUUCAAUCGUAGCGUAUAACCAGGACCUUGGAUGAAUUUUUCUUAGAAAAUAAGUAUCAUUUUACUGCGCAUUCACAUCGCAGCUACGCGUCUUUCCCUUGCCUGAGAGCGACGUGACCCCGUUCUCUCUCUUCUAUGUCUGUCUGUCUGUCUCUUACGAACCUUUCCGGACGUCUGUGUCUCUUAUCUAUUUCUCCCUCAUAUUCUUCGCGUCUCGCCCCAUUGAGCAACAUGACUGACACGUUCUGCACGCACCGUAUUGACGGAGAAUGACAGACAACGACCAUCAGUGAAAUAAAUGAAGACAAAUAUAGAAAGUGACGCCGUCGACGUGACUCUGGAAAUCGGAGACUGAACCUCUGAUUUCCUCAUGCGACUGCACCCGGUGCACUCUCAUCAUAAUCAACAGGGACUUAUUAUGAGAAUUUUGUCAUGUGAACAGGAAGGAAAUUCCAUGUCAUCAUCCAACAAAGGCAUCAUUGGCGCGGUUGAUAAAACAAAUCUAGGUGCAGAAAAUGGUGCUUCGAUGGAUGCCGACGGCUGAGGAGCUUUGCGGCUGGACUGGAGACGUUUCAACGCGAAGAGAUCUUACACAAAAAAUAUUCCAUCAGAAGCACAACUCAGAAACAAAGGUCCCGAUGCCAUUAACUAAAAUAAUUUUCCAUAACUAGAACAUUAGGAAGUUCCUUUUUGAUGUCCCGUUUGAGCACUUGGCCUUCUUUGUACACAUAACGACCCCCCCUAACCGUCACAUAUUAAAGAAAUAAUAUGAUCAUGCGUCGCUUGAGCUUCACGCCUUCAGCUGCGCUUUUUGACGAACCCUUUUCUCAUCCGACAGCAUCCUCGCAAAUCUGCAUGAGAAGGAAGAUCAGGUGAAGUAUUCACGAUAUAAUUUGGAUGGUAGCGUAUAGUGUGGAAAUUUUUCAACGUUUGUCUAAGAUGAGUGAUAAAUGGCGGAUCAGAUGUGGUUGUCAAUGUCGAAACGAACAUGCUUGAUAAAAAAUCUGUACACCGCAUAAAUUCUUUAGAUGAAUGACCGUUACCUUUUAAGGGCUUCUCUGUUUUUCUCCGCUCCUACAGGUUCAUUCCGGCCGGUGUCAAGAUUGACCCUCGAAACUGGUUUGUCGAGCAAGUCCUCUCCGAUUUUCACUAACUUCCCUAAAUUCUCCUUUGUUGCGAUGUCGACGGACGAAGCGUCCCCGGAGAGCGUGUCGUCCUGCGUUUUCACAAUAUCUCUUGUGAAUCCAUGAUUGACAGAAAGAACACCGAUUUAUUUAGGGUUGAAACCUGGGUGCGCGUGUGUGUCUGCGCGCGUCUGUAUGUGUACGUGCGUACCGCAGAACACAGAAGAUAAGACUAACCUGGAUUCUCAAGUAGUUUUCCUCACAACGCAGGGUCUGGAAGACGGCGGAGAUAUGAAGGUCGACCAUGUCCACGCUCGCUUGGGUGAACACAUCGAUUAAGGGAUUCGACCCCUGGUUGUUCAACCAUCCGACUAUACCCCACUUCGCGGCAUCUCCCGCGCUGUACUUGUCCAUCUGCGUCGUACCGGUGCCCAGGGAUACGAGCAGAACCUUCUUUAAGUCCAGCUGCUCAGAAUUGCCCACCUCCGGGUUCUUCCUUCUCGUCUCCUUGGUCAUAUCUCUGAUAGCAAGCAGUGCCUACAGGGCAUCUUCCUCGUCAGUUAAGAGGCUGUACGUGCAUUCCUUUAGUCCAUCACAGCUAUCUUGUCCCCGCAUUGGAAGAAACAAAUAAACUACGCUAAUGCCUCACCGGAUUGUUUGCGGCCACGCCUCCGUCGAUAAGGUUGAACUCCCUCUUCCCCCCACGAGGUGUCUGUACGUUGAAGUAGUAGGCCGGCAGGUAGGUGGGGGCGGCUGAGGUGCUAAUGCAGACGUCGGAGAGAGUCGCAUUCAAACAAUUGCCGUUCUUCGCCUGAGAUCAGUUCAUUCCAGUUGUUCAGAAAGCAUCCAAAAAGAGUGAGAGUGAGUGAGAGAGAGAGAGAGAGAGCGAGUGAGAGAGAGAGAGAGCGAGAGAGAGAGAUAGGAAAAACAAUGGCAGCUCCUCGGGUUAAAACUGACGUGCACACCUCAGAACUGGAAAAGACAGUGGGUUGGAGAUUCCUGAUGUCGAAGGCCGGAAUGAGCACGUUUGUCAGUGUGUCCCCUAACUUAACACUUCCCAGUUUUUCCCUUAUAAGCUUGUGAAGGUAUUUUCCAUCAUAUCUCGGUCCUGUGAUACCAUUGAUCAGUUGGCGGAUUCCGGCGAGCGGGCCCCUGGUUCCACAAAUUACGAUGUAUCAGGAGGCCGAUGUAAGACAUACUGAGAUCAUAUAAACGACAACCAGGAAUUUUCCGUGCUGUAAUCCCGGUAGUUACCUGAUCUGGGGGAAAAUCUUAGGGCAGUUCUCAAGGUAGAAGUCCUUGAUAUCUUUGGCGGCUAGGAUGGGGCGAUUGUGUUCAUUGGGAGCCGUCAGCAUGGCCGUCACGAGGCCCCCGGUGCUUGUCCCUGCAAUCACGUCGAAGUAGUCUGCGAUCUUCGCAUCCUCCCCGUCGAGCUCCUGUCGAAAGUAAGCGGAAUGAAUCUACGCGUGAGAACAGCCCGGCAAUGUUGAGAAUGGAUGGCCAAUGUCUCCCUACUCAAUACAUCCGUAGGAAAAAACGAGAAAUAAUGAAAAAAAUUCGAACGAUGCAUGCAUUCGGUGGUGUUCUCCAAAUUUUUAACGACGUGUCUGAAAGUCUUACUAAUCAGUAUUUUUUAGUUAACUGCGAAGAAUGAAGACUAUGAAUUUAUAGGUUUUUGGUAUGAAUGCAUCUGGGAGAAGUGCCGCUCGGUUGGACGCCGUGGAACAGGCAUCUGCUCUUUCUUUAACAUACCUGAAGUUCUUUCUCCAGGAAGGCGAUAAUGGUAGCCGGGAUGAUGCCUCUGACACCGCCUCCGUCUAUGCUGAGGAUGGUGAUCAGGUUGUCGCUGACCGCCGACUGAGUCACGAAGCUCUCGGCGACGGAGUCCAUGAAGAUGGUGUGGGUAACUCUUACAGAGACCAGGAAGAGGAAGAAAAAGAAAAAGGGAUCCAACGAAAACCCCAACGAAAGACGAGGACUCUGAAAAACAGAAGACGAAGAACCAAGACGGGAAGUGGACAAAGAGAAAAGAGUGAGAAGGAGAAAAGAAUGAGAAGAACGGAUUGGUAGUGCUUGUACGAUUUCAGGCACUGUUGGUCUUCCCAGAGAGUAGGCAGGUUUUAUAGAUAAGAGGGAUAGUUUUCGGACGAACACCGAACGUUCAGAGACUGGUGCCUGCGUCGAAGGAUACCAUCGAGUCGAGGACAAGUUUGACUGGAUUCCAUCCAUGGUGGAUAUACGACAACAAGGCAGGACGGGAUUGACCGUGGCACGUGCUCACCCUCCGAGGCUUCGAAGAGCUAGCGCUUGCUUGCGUUAAAACGUAGCAAUCCCGAUAGAAAGCACGUGUUUGAACCCCUUCACGGUCAAAACUUGGGCGGCUUUAUCCAUAGGAGGAAAUAAAUCGCGUCGAGUCCCUGUGAACUUGGCCCGGUUUCCUCGGAUGUUAAGAUUGAAAGUCAAAUUAUAUAAAAGUUAAACCGUGCUUUUCUCGUUUUCCGUCGUAUCUAAAAAUUAGUGCAGACUGAGAAGUCCAUUAAAUUGUAGUUCUCCACGUAGGCUGGGUUUACGUCUCUCCUUCUCUCUCUUGCCGUAAAUACAUGUGUCUAUUUAUAGUACACCUCUUUCUUCAUAUCUCUGCCAUCAAUAUCUACCUAUCUUCGAGCAAGCUCAAUCUUGGAGACCGGUGAAAAGAGUGAUCGAAGUCUUCUUCCCGUUUUCUCCUGACACUGAUUCCGAGUUUACUGUUUUGGUUGAACGAUAGGGUUAUAAUGACGGCAAUUACAGUGCAAAUGAGAUGCAGAAAUGAUCUUCAACACAGAAAUUUUUUGUACAAUCACAUCCUCUCUAAAUCGUAAUUGCAUCUUUUGAAUAGUUUGCAUGGUUAGAUGCCUUGUUUGCUACAUUUUCUGAAUAGAUAAUCGGUAAUAGAGUACUUUCUACACUUCUAUCUUGGAUCAAAGAUACAUUUUGAUAUCUUAAAGACCUAUGGGAUUUGACUUGGCUUGAUUGGAUCCAACUUUUACGUUGAGCCCCUAACCCCAACAGACAUAAAUGUAGAAAAUAAAUCCAUAAAAUUCAACAAGUUUUGUGCAUUCAUGAAUGAUAUUCUUUCUCAUUUUUUUCUAUUUACCUUUCAAUAAGUGACGAGACCUAGUCAUUAUAUAAUAGAUCACGUAAAUUUAAAUAUUUAUAAAAUAAGAAAAUAUAGGUCAAUAGGUGAUGAUAUUUAGAAGUAUUUAUGAAAAGAUAUAUCAAUUAUAAUUCUAUAAAAGUUUCAAAAAUAGUGAUAAUUUUUCAACUCGAUCACAGGGAUGUAAUAUAAUAUCGAGUAAUGUUUUAUAAUUUUUUGCAAAAAAUAUGAUUUUUUAUGAGUUUUAGAUAAAGUAAUAAAAAUUAAAUAUAUCUAAAAUUCACGAAAAAAGAAAAUAAGAGUGCAGAUAUCAGGAUGAUGUCAACACCCCGAUGAACGUGAAUUGGGUAGAAACAUAGUUGCCUCUAAUGAUUCUUAUGUAAGCGAUUAUGUACGAUUUAUUUGGUCAAAUUAAGAUAUGUAAAAGCUAGAAAAAUUAUAAUUUAUUAAAGAAGAGAUUCGAAACUUGGAAUCACACAAAGUAUCACUAAACCAAGUAAAAAUUAAGUUGAAAGGAAGAAAUGUAGAGUUUCGGCCUUGCGACAUGGAUUGUUGGAAUUCUACAUAAUCUGGAUAAUUAUUGUGCAAUGUCUAAGGCCUCAAAAGCUCUAUGUAGACAUGGACCACUUAGGCGCUCUCUAAAUCUCUUUUCAAAGUCUAGAAAAUAAUAGUGAAAGUUAAACUAGUUAAAAUGGUAAAAUAGAGUUCUAUCGUUGCGUCAACGAUGCGUCAUAAUCUUGAAUGUUUAGAGAGGAUUAUCGUGAAAUGUCAAUGGCCUCAAAGGGUCUCUUUAGAGAUAGAUGACAUGAACAAUAUCUAGAUCUUCUUGGUCUAGAAAUUAAUGAGGUGGGUUGAUGAAUCAUCUUUGACAACUAUUAGUCGGUGGAGCGAAAAAUUGACGACUUUGUAGAUCUGCGACGGUUAUCACUCGAUAGAGAUAAAUUGGAUGGACGUGAGGUGUAUCUUAAGGAGUUUUGUCCUCAAGUUCGCAUAGUAAGAGUAGUCUCUUCAUCGCAUCUGAUAUGCUCUUAAGAGGUGGCAACUCAUCUCCUAGUAGAUUAUCUUCUUCCUAAUGAAAACUUAUUUAUCAAUCAAUCCGAGAUGAUUUACUCGAUGAAUUCACAAUCUUUUUAUUUUGAAUCAUUUGACAAUUUUAGUAAUGAUGCUCCACAAAUCACGUUGAUAAGAUUUUCAAUAGUGAUUGAGCAAUUAUGACGGCUUAAUUGCUUAUCGAUAAUUUACAUAAAAAAUCUGAUUUAAUCAUAGAAAAAUAUCAGUAUUAGCUCUAGUAAGAUUUGAAGCUUCACUAGUCACCUAUUUGUAUAAGAGAGAGUGAAAUAAGUAUGUAAAUACCCUUAAAAAAUGACAUCAUAAAGGUAUUGUCUUCUCAUAAAUAAGGGAUAUUUUGGAUAUUAAAAUUAUUAAAAAUAUUUUAGGAAGUUGUGAUGUCGAUUUAAUCCUAGAUAAAUUAUUUUUUCAGUUUUGAGAUGCACAUAUAGUAAUACAAUAUUCUAUCAUCAAUGAGUCUUUCUUUCACAUGUGUAUAGUAGUCCAAUAUUCUCUCAUCAAUGAGUCUUUCUUUCACAUGUGUAUAGCAGUCCAAUAUUCUAUCAUCAAUGAGUCUUUCUUUCAUGUGUGUAUACUAGUCCAAUAUUCUAUCAUCAAUGAGUCUUUCUUUCACAUGUGUAUAGUAGUCAAAUAUUCUAUCAUCAAUGAGUCUUUCUUUCACGUGUGUAUAGUAGUCCAAUAUUCUAUCAUCAAUGAGUCUUUCUUUCACAUGUGUAUAGUAAUCUAAUACUCUAUCUCAAUAAGUCUCUCUCUUGCAUCUCUAUGACCACUCCUUUAUAGAUGAGCCCACUAUACCUAGAGAAAUUCGGCUUCAUAUGAUCAUAUAGUAGUUGACAAAGCCGCAUGUCUAGAUGGCCACUAAUGAUGUGGAAGGGGAGUGGCACACAUGUGUAUCCUAUCAGUCUUUAGUCGCUUGCAGCUCCACUUGAUUGUGCUUCCAACAUGCUUGCAAGCCUAGUUAGCUGGUAGGUCCCCACCCUUUUUCUAUAUUUUUAUUUAUUUAUUUAUUUUCAUUUAUCUCAAAAAUAUGAUUAUAAAAUUAUAUAAACUCACAUAAAAUCACAUAAUUAGCCAAAAAUUCACAUCAACUACUCUCUCUCUCUCUCUCUCUCUCUCUCUCUCUCUCUUUCAUACUCUUAUCUUUUCUUGAAUUGCCAUAGAGUAGUUGGCUUUCUGUGGUCCACGGCAUCUCUUACACGCAACCUCGCUCCCACAGUAGUCAUCUGAUGGAGGCUUGAACAAAAUGCCAAAACAUCGUUGCUCACUAUCUUUGUCAAGACAUGAAAGAAUUCAACAAGUCAACUGCUGACUUUACUCCUCCCUAGGGCAACAAAAAGAACCGAGGCUUGCUUCACCACAUGGUGCCCAUCUAGUGGCUUGCUUAAAACUUCGUAGAAACUUCUCCAAUCUUUAAAUUCCAACAUUGAUGCGAGAGCGGACGUUACUUAAAACUUCCUUCCCAUCCAAAGAACAAAUCUCAAUCAUGCAACAGUCAUCUGCAACUCAUACUGCUGUGGGGUUUCACUACGGCAAAGCCACAUGGAAUUUUUUACAUUCCACCCUUACAAUUUUUAUUUUUAUUUAAAGUGAUGCAUUCAAUUGUAGUGUAUAACCAGGACCUUGGAUGAAUUUUUGUUAGAAAAUAAGUAUCAUUUUACUACGCAUUCACAUCACAGCUCCGCCUCUUUCCCUUGCUUAAGAGUGAGGUGACCCCGUUCUCUCUCUUCUAUGUCUAUUUGUCUGUCUAUCUAUCUAUCUCUCUCUCUCUCUCUCUCUUUAUACUCUUGUAUUUUCUUGAAUUGCCAUAGAGUAGUUGGGUGUUUGCGGUCAAUGGCAUCUCUUACACACAGCCACGGCUCCUGCAGCCGCCGUCUGAUGGAGGCUUGAACAAAAUGUCGAAACAUCCCUACUGGUGAUCUUUGUCGAGACAUGAAAGAAUUCAACAAGUCAACUGCAGACUUUUCUCCUCCCCAAGGCAAAAAAAAGAACCAAGGCUUGCUUCACCACAUGGUGCCCGUCUAAUGGCUUGCUUAAGACUUUGUAGAAACUUCUGCUUGUUAUCUUCUUCACAUCUUGUCGCAUUGAGCAACAUGACUAACAUGUUCUGCACAUGCUAGUCAUGUUGGACUGGGAUGGCCUAGAAGUUGAGGAACAAAUAUGUUUGUCAACAAUACGAGUGGACACUAUUCCUUCCCUGGUUUGAUUUGAAAGAAGGUAAACAGCUCGUCUGAGAUUACAUCUAGGCCUUUGAGGACUGUCAGAUGAGAUGUUAGUUCAUAGAUGAUCCACAAAUUGUGAUUGGCCUACUCAUACAUAGAUUGACCCCAGGUCUUCGGAAUGAAGUGCUUAAGUACAACCCAUCCGAGGUCGAUGAGGCCUAUCACAUUGUGGAGCACAUGGAGUGCCUUGGCGAUGAAUUAUCGACUAUGACACAACAGCCCAUCAAGACGACCACCACAUGUUCCACCUUUGAAGUCUCUCCUUUACAAACUCACAUUAGCAUAGGAAAUGGUCAGACCAUCCCUGCCACCUCCGUGGGGUCAUCUCAUUAGACAAUUACCUUGGGCAUGGUGGUCUGAGCACCUAUUACUUCCCAAGCCCAUAUCACUUGUUUCAAGUGCCAAGACAAGGGACACUGAGCAAGCCAGUGUCCAUCUUCAAACCUACUUAUAGGUAUCGAAGAUGCCAACCCUAGUGUCUAGGGUGACGACACCUCCCCUAGCAAUGACAUCUACAUCACGGCAGAUGAGUUAGCUGAUGAGUGCGUUGACACUCAAGCCUUGAUCGAUUACAUCGAAAGCAAGCCUGCCACCAUCUCUUCCACACUUGUCACUGCCCUAACACAACUAGUCAGCAUAGCUGUCCACAGCCCCAGCAAUAGUGGAUCACACUCGCCAUCCCAAUUAGCAAGGACCUCGGCAGUUAGACCUCAGCCACCCUUAGCUUGAUCACUAUCAUUGUGAGCUAGGUCCUAGACACCAUUGAUUGAUUUGAUGAUAGAGGACGCCCUUUACAUGUCGAUCUUCCACACAUACAUGAAGAUCAACUGCCAAGUGUGUAAGUUGAUCAUCGACAAUGGUAGUUGAUGUGAUUUAGUUAUUGUAUAGUAAAAAAUGUAAAUUUAAAAUUUAUAAAAUGAGAAAAUAUCAAUUUUCAAAUAUUUAGAAGUAUUUCUAAAUAAAUAUAUCAAUUAUAAUUCAAUAAAAAAAUCAAAAAUAGUAAAAAAUAUCUAGGUCAAUCACAAGGAGUAAUAUAAUAUCAACUAAUAUUUCAAAAAAUUUCUCGAAGAAUACAAAUUUUUAUAAAUUUUAGACUAUAAAAUAAAAAUAAAAUAUAUUUAAAAUUCACAAAUAAAGGAAUUAAGGAUGCGGAUGUCAAGAUGACACCAACACUUGACGAACGUGAAUUGGAUGAAAAUAAAAUUAUAUUUGGUGAUUCUUACGUAAAUGAUUAUAGAUGAUUUAAUGAGUAAAAUUAUGAUCUAUAAAAGUCAAAAGAAUCAUAAUUAAAUAGAAAGUAGUUUGAAAAUUUUAAAUCACACAAAUUAUCUCUAAAUGAAGUAAAAAUUAAGUUGAAAGUAGAAAAGAUAAAGCUUCAGUGUCGUGGUGGUGAUGCAUUGAUGAUGCACUAGAAUCCUAAGCAUUCAAGCAGAUUGUCAUGUAGUGUCUAUAGCCUUGAAGGCUCUCCUUAGAUAAGAACGACGUGGGCAAUCUCUAAAUCUUCUCGUGAAGUUUAGAGAUCAAUGAAAUAGGUUGUUGACGUGACUCAGUCGUUGUAUGUUAAAUCACGCAAAUAUAAAAUUUAUAAAACUAGAAAAUACGAAUUUUCAGAUAUUUAGAAGUAUUUCUAAAUAAAUAUAUCAAUUAUAAUUCAAUAAAAAUUCCAAAAAUAGCAGUAAUUUUCCAGGUCGAUCACAGGGAUGUAAUAUAAUAUCUGGUAAUUAUUCAGAAUUUUUCUCAAUGAGUACGAUUUUCUUACGAAUUUUAUACUAGGAAAUAAAAAGGAAACAUAUUUAAAAUUCACGAAAAAAAAGGAAAUAAGGGUGCGGACGUCAGGAUGACGUCAGCGCCCGGCGAACGCGAAUCAGGCGGAAACACAGUUCCGCCCGGCGAUUCUUACGUAGGCGAUUACAGACGACUCAAUUAAUCAAAUUAAGAUCUGUAAAAGCCGGAAGAACCGUAGUUGAACGAAGUAUAGUUUGGUAAAUAAAAAUCAACAAAGUAUCACUAAAUGAAGCGUAAAUUAAAUUGAAAGCAGGAAAACAGAGUUCCGGCGUCGCGACGACGAUGCGUCGGCGAUGCACCGGAAUCCUGAGCGUUCGGGAGGAUCGUCGUGCAGUGUCCACGGCCUCGAAGGCUCUCCUUGGACAAAGACGACGUGGGCAAUCUCUAGAUCUUCUCGCGAAGUCUAGAGACCAAUGAAGUGGGUCGUCGAAUCGUCUCCGGCGGCUGUCACCCGGCGGAGCGGAAAAACGGUGACUUUGCGGCUCUCCGGCGGCUGUCACCCGACGGAGAGGAGCUGGAUGGAGGUGGGGCGCGUGUCAGGGAGCUUCAUCCUCAGGUCCGCGCAGCAAGAGGAGGCUCUUCAUCGCAUCUGGUACGCUCUCAGGAGGUGGCGACUGGUCUCCCGGCGGAUCGUCCUCUUCCCGACGACGGCUUGUUCGUCGAUCAAUCGGAGAUGAUUUACUUGAUGGAUUGCGAUCCUUUUAUCGCGAAUCGUUCAGAAAUUUUAGUAACAAUGCUCCGCGAAUCGCGUUGA